UCCAUUAAUAACCUAAUCGUCGAAAAGAGCAUUGUUUUACUACUAUUUAGUUUUUACAAUACAAAUCCAAACACUCUUCUUGAUCCUCCCAACACCAAAAAUGGCUGCAAACCUUGCAAUAAUCAUGGUAACAAUCCUAUUCCUAGUCAUUCAUCCUCAAACCACUCCCACCACGGCUGCUACAAACGUCGUGAAAACUGAGGUUUUCCGGUCCCCGGAGAUGGUGAUGGAGCCUGGAUUAGUCUCGAACAAGGACUACUUCAACGUCGAAUUCCCACGUGGACACAUUGGGCUGAAGAGCUUCAGUGCGGAGUUAGUCGAUGAGAGAGGGAAUCCGGUGCCUCUCCAUGAAGUUUAUCUCCAUCACUGGGUUCUCAACCGAUACUUUGCUCGGAAAAACAGUAGCGGAGUUGAUGAUCUGAGCAUCGUCAGAAACAGUGGGAUUUGUGGGAAUAGAUUGACGCAGUAUUUUGGUGUGGGAGCAGAAACGCGGAGAACAUCAACUUAUAUUCCUCACCCCUACGCAAUUCAAGUCGGAGAUCCGGCCACUAUCCCGGAAGGGCAUGAGGAAGGGUGGGUGCUGAAUGUGCACGCCAUUGACACGCGAGGCGCAGAUGAUAAAAUGGGAUGCACGGAGUGCAGGUGUGAUCUUUACGGUUUUUCUGAAGCCGGAGGUGGAUUACACUGUUGUCCUGAUGAUGGUAGAUGCAGACUCAAACAAGGAUUUCGUGGCGAAAAUAAGAGAAUUUAUUUGAGGUAUAUUGUGAAAUAUGUGGAGUGGGAUUCAUCUUCAAUUAUACCCGUUGAUAUUUAUAUUCUCGACGUCACUGAUGUUUGGACAAAGGCUGAUCAAUCCAAAGGAAUCAGAGCUACUCACCAUUGUAAGGUUGAAUAUGGAGUUGAAUCUUGUGGUGCUGGAGUUGAGAAAGAUAGCUGCGUUGAUACCAAAAGUGUGAGUUUUAGUUUUCCGGUUGAUGGAGAAGUGGUGUAUGGGGUUGGACACCAACAUGCCGGGGGUGUUGGCACCACACUAUAUGGCCAGGGAGGAAGAACCAUAUGCUCAUCGAAGCCAAUAUACGGGGAAGGGAAUGAAGCUGGAAACGAGGCUGGUUUUGUUGUGGGGAUGUCCACGUGUUACCCGGCUGCACCAGUCAAGAUUUUGGCGGGAGAGACACUCACUCUUGUAUCAAACUAUAGCAGCGUUGAAAGCCAUACCGGAGUCAUGGCCUUGUUUUACCUCUUACUUGCUCACUCUUAUCCUAAGCCUCUUCCAACUUUGGCGUCUAAGUUUACGAUGGUGCCCGAAUUUGUUUGGCCAGUUGCGCUUUUGGGACUAGUUGGCAUUGUAGUCGUUGUCGCGUGGAAGGGUAGAAUUGGAAACUCAGAAGGUUAUGAAGCUAUACCAUGAGCUUGCGAUUAAUAUCUAAUUAAGUUGCAUCAUUAAUUUUGUGGACCUAAUGUAUGGGCUAGCUUCUCUUGUAUUAAAUAAAUUAUAGAUGUUCUAGCUCGUGUAUAGGGGUACACAUACUGGUAAUGAAUUAAGUUUAAAAUAAGAUAAUACCCCAUAUGAAUAUUAAUUGAUAGUAUAGAUUGUGAGGUC